GCGCCUACAGCGCAGGCGCGCGUUGGAUGUGACGUCGCCGGCACGUGACCGCGACAGGAAGGGUUCGCGACGGUCCGCGGCAGGUCGGAGCGGAGCGGGUUUGCCCGGGUCCGAGGGGCAGGUCGCGACCGGGGUGAUGCAGAAACGGCUAGACGUUCUGCAGAUGCUGGAAAUCCAGAGCGAAGCACUGUACCCAUGCUGGAAGAACUCAGCAGAUCAGGCAGUAUGUGUGCGGGGAACAAACAGUCCACAUUUAGCCCAGAGCUGGGGUAGAAAAAGCAGUGAAUUUGUUUAUGGGAAUCUCAAAUGCAGCAUCAGUGAACUCACACUGGCGAGGAGUUGUCCAUCUUCUGAGAUAGAGAGAGAGCCCAUUCAGUCCUCCUGUUUGUGGAUGCAUCAGUGCGUUCAUUCCAUAGAGGGAACUCAUUCACCUGUCAACGUUAGCGCAGGGAUUGACUCUGUUAUCCAGCCUGAUGACACACCAGACCGGGAAGAGGCCAUUCAUCUGCUCCACAUGUGGGAAGAAAUUCAAUCAGUCGACCAAUCUGCAGGCACACCAGCGAGUUCACACUGGGGAGAGACCGUUCACCUGCUCAAUGUGUGGGAAGGGAUUCACUCAGUUAUCCAGCCUGGUGAAUCACCAGCGAGUUCACACCGGGGAGAGGCCGUUCACCUGCUCUGAGUGUGGGAAGAGAUUCACUCAGCUGUCCCACUUGCGGGCGCACCAGCGAGUUCACACCGGGGAGAGGCCGUUCACCUGCGCUGAGUGUGGGAAGAGAUUCAGUCAGUCGUCCAAUUUGCGGGCGCACCAGCGCGUUCACACGGGGGAGAAACCGUUCACGUGCUUAACGUGUGGGAAGGAGUAUGCCCAGUUAACCGGAUUGAUGAUGCACCAGCGAGUCCACACCGGGGAGAGGCCAUUCAUCUGCUCUGAGUGUGGACUGCGAUUCACUCGGUCAUCCCAGUUGAAGGGGCACCAGCGAGUCCACACUGGGGAGAAGCCGUUCACCUGCGCAACCUGCGGGAAGGGGUUUGCUUGGUCAAACAACCUGGUGAUACACAAGCGAAUUCACACUGGAGAGAGGCCGUUCAUCUGCUCUGACUGUGGGAAGGGAUUCACGAGAUCAAACGAGCUGGUCAUACACCAGCGGGUUCACACUGGGGAGAGGCCGUUCAUCUGCUCGACGUGUGGGAGGGGGUUCACCCAUUCAUCCAUAUUGCGGGCGCACCAGCGAAUUCACACCGGCGAGCGGCCGUUCCCCUGUUCAACGUGCGGGAAGCGAUUCCGUCAGUCCACCGACCUGCUGAACCACCAGCGGAUUCACAUCGCAGAGGAGGACUAAGCUGGCUGUAAGCUGACCAUUGCUCCCGACAUCCAACACAAAUUCACAAGAGUUGUAGGACGUUGGGUUCCACUGACGCUGCUGAUCACACCCCAGGACUGAGCACCGUUCAUUGAGAACAGUUGUUUCACUGAGAUGUGAUUUAAUAUUCUGGAUCUGUGAUCGAAAUAAAACAGUCCUGUUUGA